CAAACAAAAUUUCCUCUGCCGUGAAAACUAGUCAAGUGAAGUAAAGAACUCCGCGAUUUCCCUCCGCCGCGACCUCCACUGCUUCAGUCUAUGGGGUUCUCCGUCACGAUAUUGGUCGUGACAGCCUCACUCCACCUCAUUGCCUUCGUCCUUGCCAUUGGCGCCGAGAGGAGGCGAAGCACGGGGAAAGUGGUCUCGGAUGAGUACGAUGACCGAACCUUCUGCGUGUACGAUUCCGACGCGUCGACGGUGUACGGAAUGUCGGCUUUUGCGGCGUUGCUUGUUAGUCAGGUAGUGAUGAGCUAUGCCACAAAGUGCCUCUGCUUCGGUGACGGUCUAGCCGGCGGACGAGUCGGGAGUCGAGCUUGUACGGUUGCUUCCUUUGUCGUGUCCUGGUUAUGUUUCUUGGUGGCGGAGGGUUGCCUCAUUGCUGGAUCAGUAAGGAAUGCUUAUCACACCAAGUACAUCGGCUACUACGAAAAGAAGGAUUUGACAUCAUGUAUCGCCCUUCGUAAGGGCGUCUUUGCGGCAGCAGCAGCCUUCGCACUGUUUUCAUUGGCUUCAUCUCUGUCAUUCUACUGGAGCUAUUCCAGAGGUGAUACAGUAGGAUGGGUGAAACACCAAAAUGAAGGUGGUAUAGGCAUGGCAGAAUAUGGCCAAGAUAAGAGUGAGCUCAGAAGCGCAAAUAUAUGAACUGUUAUGUCAUGCUAAUUCAAGCUACGCGGGAUCUGUUGCUCCUUUUACAGUAGAAGAUAGCGAAUUCGAUAAUCCUUCCAGCGGCAAACAGGUCUUUGAAGCCUUGGAGGGUUUGUACUGUAUGUGAUCGCAGUGGUACGGUUUGAAUGUUGAUACCGAAGUAUUUUGUUCUAUGGAUUUUUAACUACUUGAAUGAUCCCCUUUGUGUAGGAAACUGAGGAUAUGCUGAUCUGUCUCUGGAUGUGUUAUGUGUCCAUGAACGAUUGUUGGAUAAAACUUGGUAGUGAAGGAAUUGUUGUGUUCAUUUGUUGUUUGUUACUAGUAGAGUUAAGGA